GGGUUUAUUUAACACGUAGUCACAAACCCACCCAGCUCUCACACGUCGCGCCGGGCGUGGAGCCUCCCUGUAGACUCAGAGCGCACCUCAGGGUGACAACACUCCAGACGCGGCUCACGUCGGGAAACACGCACGCUGGAUAACCGGAGAUACUUUUCUCUCUUUUUUGUUGCUGUUUCACUAUUUUAGCCAUUCUUGAAGAUCAGCCGAUCGGACGUUUUUUGUGUUGUGUUUUUUUCCCCCCACAAGGCUUUCUUGAAAGUAAUUUUUUUCGGUUUUUUGAAGCGACAUGGAGAGGAUUACCAGUGCGCAACCACCGCCUCCCCGCGUGCCAAACUCUCUGGAUAUAGCUGACAUGCAAGGAAUGGACUUUCCCAUUUAUGUGUACAAACCCAGGAGAAACAUGAAGCGCAUGGAAGAAAGCAAGGAGACGUACAAGCUGCCGCACCGACUGAUCGAGAAGAAAAGACGCGACAGAAUUAACGAGUGCAUCGCGCAGCUGAAGGAUUUGUUACCAGAACAUCUUAAGCUGACGACCCUGGGUCAUUUGGAGAAAGCCGUGGUGCUGGAGCUCACUCUCAAGCAUGUGAAGGCCCUGAGCACCCUGCUGGAGCAGCAGCAGCAGAAAAUCAUGGCGUUGCAGAAGGACUUACAGAUCAGCGACCAUGGAGGCGACGGCGCCGAGAGCAGCGAGGAGAUGUUCCGCUCCGGCUUCCACCUGUGCGCCAAAGAGGUGCUCCACUACCUGGCCAGCCAAGAGAGCAGCAGGGACCUGACCCCGUCCCACGUCAUCAGCCACAUCCAGAAGGUCGCGGCCGAAGUCAUGCAGCACCAGCAGGUGGACGAACCCGCCCGUCAGCCUUCGGAAAAGUCGAGGAAGGCCCCGGCGGAGCCCGCCAGGGCCUCCGAGGGCCCGGGCAAGAACUGUGUUCCCGUCAUUCAGAGGACUUACCCCCACGGGACGGGCGAGCUGAGCGGCAGCGACACGGACACUGACAGCGGCUACGGCGGAGAGCACGAGAAGCCCAAGACGCAGUGGUCGGAGAGCCACAGGAGGGAGGGGGAGCUCAAGCACGCCGCUGCGUCGUCUGAGCGGGUGGGCGGCGCCAUCAAGCAGGAGGGCGACGAGCCGCGCGCCAAGAAGUCGAAGUCGGACUCCUCGGAGGACGAGGUCCUCUCCGGCCACUCGGCGGGAGUUCCCGGCAGCUACAUGAGCUUCUCGCCCAACCAGCCGCCGUUCUGCCUCCCCUUCUACCUCCUGCCCCCGGCCGCCGCCGCCGCCGCCGCGUACCUGCCCAUGCUGGAGAAGUGCUGGUACCCCGGGGGCAUGCCGGUCAUGUACCCCGGCAUGAGCGGCUCCCCGGCCAGCCUGCCUGCAGAGACAGCGCCCCCCUCCCUGGUGAUGUCCCCGAGGGCCGGUUCCCCGGGGCCACUGCAGACCCCGCUGGACUCCCCCGCUCUCCACAAAGCUUUGAAGCAGAUCCCUCCUUUGAACUUGGAAACCAAAGACUGAGCUGUUUCUGUCAGAAUCUCUCCCUCUGAAUGUUUAUUGUGGUAAACUCGAGUGUAAAAAAACACACACACACACACACACUGGCACCCUUGCACACCACAGCCGUAGUCUGGCCCGUCGGCGCACCCGCCUCGACACCAUCUGCCGUCAGCUCCCGAACCGAAACAGGACCGCUGGCGGGCGACCUGUGGCGCCCGCCCGCCAACCUGAAGGCUCACAUGACACCUGCUGCGUGGCUCUGAAGCACUGUGAAGAUGGGCGGUUGAACCAGUGCACCAGACCGUGCACAAGGUUUCUUUCUGUCAUUGGUUUUCUCAACUCUAAGCGUUGAAUGUCUGAGGUAAACCCCGAAUGUAUGUACGGCACAGACAGGCCCCCUGCAGCCCACAACGGUUUUGACCAACCUUUAUUCUUUUUUUGCACACACACACACACAAACACACCAGUCUGAAAUGAAUGUAAAGAGUGAGCAAAAGUCCCCUGUAGAUGCUGCUUGAACUAUUAUCACCUGCUGUAGAUCUGUGACUGGAGGAUCUGCCUCCUGGAGCUGCAACAAACCUUCGUCUCGACUAGAAUGUUACCAAAAAGAAACCAACCGUUUCCGUGUGUAUUCAUAUGAGGCGUCGUCACAAACGGCGUUGCUCUGCUGGUUCCUCCGUUCGUCGGGAGCCGAAUGAACUCGAGGCUUCCCGACGUUGGAGGAAUUCAGGGCGUCGUCGCCGUACCAGGUGUGUCACUCGUGAUGUGGCCAUAUGUGCUUUUCUUUUGUUUUUAAUUUGUGACUCAUUAUUUGUGUAUGUAGACAGAGAUCCUGUGAAGUAAUGUCUUGUAAUAUUUCUUCUUCUUCUUCUUCUUCUUUUUUUUUUUUUGGCUCAUACUACUUCAUACAUCUCUAUUUUUGAUACGUGAGCGUGUUUGGACGGUUGGAGGUAGCGUUCCCGCUGCUGUGCACCCGGGCGAGGUGUUGCCGCCGUGCACGCAGGUUCCCAGUCAUGUUUAAAGGCCUGGUCUUCUUAGCUCAUGCUGUUGCCUUUACUCAUCUAGCGCAGACACAACAUUUAUCGAGGCGUGUUUUGCCGUCCAAGUGUUGUGUCUGCGGCAAAAGAGAGUGAAUGUAAAGUUCAAACAGAAAUAAUAGUUUUGUAUAGACAGAGGUACUUGGGAUUUUUAUUUUGAAUUGUAACACGAGGUUGUACAUAUUUUGUAUAUAAAGUAUUAUUGAUAUAUAUUAAAAUAUUAAUAAAGUCUUUUUUUUCCUUGUG